GAGCGAGAGAGAGAGAGAGAGAGUCAAUGGAUCUCCUACAGUCCUACAAAGGCACCGACAUGGACGAUGACGAACAAGGCCAAGAAUCACCGGAUCAAAACCCUAAUUCCACAGGCUCCGAUCACUCUUCACCCGAUUCUUCACCGCUGCGGAUCUCUCUCCCCUCCAAAUCCGCCGCGCCCAAAGUCGACGACACCAUGCUCGCUCUCACCGUCGCCACCGACCCGAAGCGAAACCAAUCCAAACCCAUUAACCCGACCCAACAUGUUGUCAACUUCAACCCCACCUACGACCAGCUCUGGGCACCCAUUUACGGCCCUGCACAUCCCUAUGCCAAGGAUGGUCUCGCACAAGGCAUGCGAAAUCACAAGCUAGGGUUCGUCGAGGACGCCUCAAUCGGAUCUUUUGUUUUCGACGAACAGUACAACACUUUCCACAAGUAUGGCUACGCCGCCGACCCAUCGCAGAAUCAGUAUAUCGGAAAUUUGGACGCGUUUCAGCAAAACGAUGGUAUUUCGGUGUAUAACAUACCACAACACGAACAGAAGAAGAGGAAGCUUGAGAAGAAAAAGGAAAAAUUGGAUAGUGAAGAGAAUGGGGAAGAUGGGGAAGACGGUGGUAAUGUGGACCCCACCGAGGUUGACAAUCCAGCGUCGGAGGCGUGGUUGUUGAAGAAUCGGAAGAGUCCGUGGGCUGGAAAGAAAGAAGGGUUACAAACGGAGUUGACAGAGGAGCAGAAGAAGUAUGCGGAGGAAUAUGCGAAGAAAAAGGGUGAAGAGAGAGGUGGGGAUCGAGACAAAGGCGAAAUUGUACAAGAUAAGAGUACAUUUCAUGGUAAGGAGGAGAGAGAUUAUCAGGGUAGGUCGUGGAUUGCGCCACCAAAGGACGCGAAGGCGACGAAUGAUCAUUGUUAUAUACCCAAAAGAUUGGUUCAUACGUGGUCCGGGCACACUAAGGGUGUGUCUGCAAUUAGGUUUUUCCCCAAGUCUGGUCAUUUGAUUUUAUCGGCAGGGAUGGAUACAAAGGUGAAGAUUUGGGAUGUGUUCAAUUCGGGGAAGUGUAUGAGGACUUACAUGGGGCAUUCCAAGGCUGUAAGAGAUAUUUGGUUUUGUAAUGAUGGGACCAAGUUUCUGACUGCGGGGUAUGAUAAGAAUAUCAAGUACUGGGAUACAGAGACCGGGCAGGUGAUAUCGACAUUUUCAACGGGGAAGGUACCAUAUGUUGUUAGGCUCAACCCGGAUGAGGAUAAACAGAAUGUACUUUUAGCUGGUAUGAGUGAUAAGAAAAUUGUUCAGUGGGAUAUGAAUUCCGGGCAGAUCACUCAGGAGUAUGAUCAGCAUUUGGGGGCUGUGAAUACUAUCACAUUUGUGGACAAUAAUAGGAGAUUUGUUACUUCUAGCGAUGAUAAAUCUUUGCGAGUUUGGGAAUUUGGAAUUCCAGUGGUUAUAAAGUAUAUAAGUGAACCUCACAUGCAUUCUAUGCCAGCAAUUUCACUUCACCCGAAUAAGAAUUGGCUUGCAGCGCAGAGUCUAGACAAUCAGGUUCUUAUUUAUAGUACUAGGGAGAGAUUUCAGCUUAAUAAGAAGAAGAGGUUUGCAGGGCACAUAGUAGCAGGGUACGCUUGUCAGGUUAAUUUCUCACCAGAUGGACGGUUUGUUAUGUCGGGAGAUGGUGAGGGUAAAAUGUGGUUUUGGGACUGGAAGAGUUGCAAAGUGUUUAGAACACUCAAGUGUCAUGAGGGAGUUUGUAUCGGUUGUGAGUGGCAUCCGUUGGAACAAAGUAAAGUGGCUACAUGUGGAUGGGAUGGCUUGAUCAAAUACUGGGACUAGCCUUUCUACCUUACAAUUGUAUGCUCGCAUCAGUUGAUCAACUCAUGUCAGACUCGUUCAACUGGAGAACUAAGGUUGCCAAACUACAAGCUGCAUGUUGUUUUGAGAUUGGCAGAAGCUAAGGUUGCUUGCUGUUUAGAAACGUCAAUCAUGGACGAAACAAUUCAAGUGUAGUGAACCUGUCCCACUUUCUCGUUUGGCCAAUUAACAGUAUAGCAUAUUAAAGAGAGAAAAGGCCAUAUGAGUCAUUACUCAUGUAAUUUAGUUGUAACACACUGAGCAAAACUCAAAUUUUUAUUGCUGAAGUGUUUUCCUUUGUCAUCUAUGUAUAUUAGGAGUUUUGCUUGUUAAAUAUGCAUAUGGCUCUUGGGAGCUUUGGUUGGACAUCAGUUUUUCUGUUUGAUUUUUUGUGGCAUUGGGUAUCAAGCCAUGCAUAGUGUUAGAGCUAUUCAAGCUGAGACAUGAUUCAGAGUCUCAAAAAUACAAUCUAUUGGUGUUGAUUUCCUUGCAUUUUACCAUUAGCAGCUAGUAUUUGCGGCUAUUUAUACCAU